AUGACUGAAGGAGUUUAUUCCGAUGCUUCAUAUCCAUAUGUUGACAAAAAGGAAAACUGUUGUUGCCUACCGAAUGAGGAGAAAACAAAAAUUAAGGGGUUUAAAAAGGUUGACAAUCUUCACUUGGACAAAAAAGCUAAUUCAGAAGCAACCCAUCAGUGGAUGUGUAACAGCUUUCAGGGACAUUUUGGAAAGGAUAUCUACAUUGGGCAAACGGAAGAUGAAAUUCACUUUGAAAAGUUUUUUGGAAGUGAAAAUCAAUCGUCUGUUGCAUGUCAUGCCGUGCUUAUAGUAGGCUUUGGUGUUGAGAACGGGGUAGAUUAUUAUUUGAUUAAAAAUAGUUGGGGAGUAAAUUGGGGUUACUGA